GGGUGUUCUGCCACAGCCGCAAGAGAAGUGACCAACACUUUGCUGCAGUCUGGUGCUGAGGGCCUCAAAGCCACUGAUUUUACCACUACUGUGAACCUCCAACUAUGGAACUCAGGCAAAUUGGAGCAUCCACAUGGUGCCUCCGUAACAGACUACAGGAACACACUGGGCUCAGCUCAGCGGGAAAAGAGAAUCAGGCCUGACCAGCGUUAUCGUCUCUCUUCGCACAAGAGUGAGCAGGCUCAGAGGAAGCACGAUGACUGAGAAGGACGCACAGCCACAGCUGGAGGAGGGGGACGAUGACCUGGACAGCAAGCUCAAUUACAAGCCACCCCCUCAGAAGUCCCUGAAGGAGCUGCAGGAGAUGGAUAAAGACGAUGAGAGUCUAACCAAGUACAAGAAAACGCUGCUGGGAGAUGUCCCUGUGAUAGCGGACCCAACAGUCCCCAAUGUGACUGUUACCCGGCUUAGCCUUGUUUGUGACAGUGCACCAGGACCAAUCACCAUGGACCUUACUGGUGACCUCGAAGCCCUCAAAAAGGAAACAUUUGUGUUAAAGGAAGGUAUUGAAUAUCGGGUCAAAAUUAACUUCAAAGUGAACAAGGAUAUUGUGUCGGGUCUGAAGUAUGUUCAGCACACAUAUCGGACUGGGAUGAAAGUGGACAAAGCUACAUUCAUGGUUGGCAGCUACGGCCCCCGACCAGAGGAGUAUGAGUUCCUCACGCCCGUAGAGGAGGCCCCCAAGGGCAUGCUGGCCCGGGGCACUUACCACAACAAGUCCUUCUUCACCGAUGACGACAAGCAGGACCACCUCACCUGGGAAUGGAACCUGGCCAUUAAGAAGGAAUGGACAGAAUGAGGCAUCUGUCUGUCCGUCCCUCCACUACUUCCCCACCAGAAGAAUCCUUCCAGCCACGUCGAUCAUGUUCCCCCUCUCCCCUCCCUGUUCACAGCUGGAUCCAUUCCCUAUCACACACACACACAUGCACACACACAGUCUCCUCACUGAUGUGUUUUAUAUUACCCCAGCUUGUUCCCUCGAACUUUCUGCCCCUCGGCAGGGCCAGAGUUCCGAAGUUCUCCGUCUCAUUUAGCAUCACUCUCUUUUCUCCCAGGUUGAGUACCGAAGGCCAGAAAAUGGGCAAGCUCUGUCAUUAAUGGCUCCCUUGCCUUCUGUUCAGAAAUUCACCCUUGCCACUGGGUUCUUCUGGAUCAAUGAAUCCCACCAUCACCUUCCCUGCCAGGCGGGGCUCUUCUUUUGGGGGAAACACUGUAAACAAGACAAAAGGAAAAGAAUAAAUAAAAUAACUGUAUGUGUGACUGAG